CAUCAAGGCACCGAGUGUAACGACAGYCGUAGCAUUCCUAAMAGUCCAAUCCAAUUCAUUGCUCUACGGCAGAAUUCUGYWMAAGCAGCCGGAACCAUGUCGGUCACAAUCCACACGACGAACGGGGAUUUGAAAUGCGAGAUCUUUUGCGACACCUGCCCGCGCACCGCCUUUAACUUUCUCGCUCUGGCGGCGUCUGGCCGAUACAACGGAACGAUCUUUCAUCGCAACAUCCGCGGGUUCAUGAUGCAAGGGGGUGACACGGCCCACGUUACCGGAAAGAAAUCCUCCAUCUGGGGCAACGACGUUACCUUUCCCGACGAAUUCCAUCCAAACAACAAGCACGAUCGACGCGGAAGGCUCUCAAUGGCGAAUCGGGGGCCAGAYACCAACAAGGUAAGUCUUUAGGACAACAGAUCAAGAAUUACAGGUCUACGGUUUUAUUUGUGAUGCGAUUGAUGCACUCUUUAUCUAAUGGGAGCACGGGCACGCASCAGGCAYAAUCGAUGUGUGCUUCUCUACGGAACACACGAAAUCGAUGCUAACGUYKUGGAAACGAGAGGAUGAUUUUCGUUUCGUGCGAACCAAUCAUCGACUAUCGUAUWUUUCGACCUSGUUCUAAACCGACUCUUGSGCUUCUCAUUUUGUUUGAACCAAUUUGUCGGUUGCAUCAUGAAUUGGUUGUCGACUACACAUCAGUCACAAUUCUUCAUUUUGUAUGAGCAGCAACCGCAUCUAGACAACAUGCACACGGUGUUCGGUCAGGUUCUAGACGGGUGGGAUACGCUAGACAAAUGGGAACGAUUGCCGGUGUGGGGAGAGAGGGCACAAUCCAGGAGUCAGAAAACGACACCCCUUGAACCACCAGAAAUCACUGGUAUCACCAUUCAUGCGAAUCCGCUAGCCGACGAAGGCAUUGUAUAUCCUACUCCUUCCGGACCACCAGAGAAGAAAUAAUCGCUGACUGGGAUUUACGAAGCCAUCGUCUAAGAAUAAGUCGAACAGGAUAUAAGUUUCCUUUUUGGCUUUCAUGGACUACACGUACGGUAGCGUGUGAUUUGAUUUUUUGAGAAAGCUUUGCGCUUUGCACYAUUGGUCAGCCGGCUUACAUAGGAGCUAGCACUAAASUUUGAACGGAAAGAAUGAGGCAGCACGAAUGGAUUAUCGUUAUUUUCGGUGGUAUGACGACAACGACUGCUACUCGAAGUCGCCGCGAAUAACUUUUCCGACGUCUUCCAGCCCGUUAUCUAAUCAUUUGAUUUUGGCUCCCCCAAAGCUGAGGUUUGUGCCAAURUUARUUGUCCC